AAGUGUCCUCUGGGACGUUUUGCGAAAAUUUUUGAGUGUUUUUGUGCACUCCGAAUGAUAUUAUUUGCCAUAGCUAUCAGAAAAUCAUGAAGUAGACAUCUAUAUAACGCCUCAUCCUACCAAAAGGACCAUGGCUGGGCAGGGUGUGAAGAUCAAGUGGUCUGACCACCUCAACUCCUCCUGGAUUGGGGAGAAGCCCGAAUCAGUCUGCCACAGGGAGGCUGCCGAGGGUCUCUACGCCCGCCUCAUUGAGUCCAAGGAGGUGGUCCCACUGCACGACACCUGCCCGGCCCCACCGACCACCCGACUGCCCGACUUUGAGCCGGAGAGCGGCGCCAGCCGGGCCGACCACGAGGCGUUCGUGGGCAGUCUGCUGAGUGCCCAGCUCGGCCUGGCCGCCGCCGUGCUCGCCGACUCGCCGAUCUCCGGUCUGCUCAGACAGCGGCUCAUCGUGCUGCGCAGGAUAUUCCACGCGCUGGCCACCAAAUACCAUGACGCCGGAAAGAGCGUGUCCCCGUCGCCGGGCCGGCGGGACUCUGGCCGGGUGUGCGCGGACGGCGCCGGGACCGGCUCCGGCGGCGGACAGGCGGCGCUGGUGGCUAUGGGCGUCAAGACGGGCCUGACGCUGGUGUUUUCACUGCUCAGACAAAGCUGGGCGCAGCAGACCGGCGCCGCCAUCUGCACGGACGUGCUGCGCACGGCGCUGGACAUUCUGAGCUCGCUGCCGCCGCUGUCACUGUCAGACGACGCCAAGAUGUCGGCCAUCGGCCGCCAGAGUCUGGACGACGUGUCGCGCUUCCUGCGCUCGGUGGCACUGCCCUCGUCGUCGGCCGACGAGCAGGGUCGUCUGUUGUCCUCGGAGCUGCUGCUGGGUAUCUCUGUGCAGCGCGGCUCCCUACACCACCUCCUGGACUGGCUGGACAUGGCGCUCACCGCCGCGGUCGAGGCCACGCAGAGGACAGACGUCAGCCGCCCGGUGAUAUCCUCCGAGUACCUGCACGGCGUGCUGACCGUGCUGAACGGAGGAGGUAGUGGCGGUACAGAGCCGGUCACAGAGACAGACGGAGGGAGAGAGAUCCACCUACUGGAGGCCGCCAUGGAGUUAUUAGACAGACUGGUGGACAUGGCCGAAGAGCACGCGGCGCCGGCGGCCUCUGCGCUCCGUCCGACCACAGUCGACUCGUGGCUGGUGUACGUGUGGGGCAGCAACUCGGCGUGUCAGCUCUCCGAGCCCACACAGGACAAGAUCGUCACGGCGCGCCUGGCGCCCGCCUUCGAGGCCGUCCAACAGAUGGAGGCGGGCCAGUACUGUUCGUUCACCGUUCAUGCCGACGGCAGUGUGUCGGCCUGCGGGAAGGGCUCCUACGGUCGGCUGGGGCUGGGAGACUCGGCCAACCAGCCCGUACCGCGCAGGGUAGCGCUGGACGCUCCGUGCCGCGCGGUGGAUAGCAGUAAGGGCAGUGACGGUCACACACUGGCGCUCACCACAGACGGACGCAUCUACAGCUGGGGAGACGGGGACUACGGCAAGCUGGGUCACGGUAACACGGUGACCCAGAAGUAUCCGCGGCUGAUCGGAGGCCUGCUGUCGGGCAAAACAGUGACCUGUAUAUCGGCCGGGUAUCGCCACUCGGCCUGUGUCACCUCUGACGGACAGCUCUACACCUGGGGGGAGGGAGAGCACGGACGGCUAGGUCACGGUGACAACACGAGUCGUAACGUGCCGACGCUGGUGGCCGACCUGUCCGCGGUUGGCCAGGUCAGCUGUGGCUCGGCACACACGCUGGCCGUCUCCGCAGACGGACGGACCGUCUGGUCUUUCGGGUCAGGCGAUAACGGCCGGUUGGGUCACGGUGACCUGGCGCGCUACUUCCGGCCCAAGGUGAUCGAGUCGCUGCAGGGCCGCACGGUGGUCAAGGUGGCCGCCGGAAACCAGUGCUCGCUGGCCCUGACAUCGGUGUCCGGACAGGGUGACCAGGCGGUCGGGCUGCGGCUGUGGUCGUGGGGCGGCGGUGUCUGCCUGGGCCACGGCUCACCGGACGUGGCCUGCCAGCGGCCGGCGCUGGUCGAGAUCCUCUGUGACCUCCAGGUCACUGACUUCUCACUUGGUGACUCGCACUGCCUAGCGCUCACAAAGGACCACGUGGUGUACGCGUGGGGUAACAACUCGAUGGGCCAGUGCGGUCUGGGCCACACCACCACGCCCGUGUGGCGGCCGCAGAGGGUGCUUGGCCUGGACGGUGUGCCCGUACAGCAGGUAUCGGCCGGCACCAGUCACAGCUGCGCCUGGACAGCGCCGCCCCGAGACAGACAGGCGAGCUCGCUGAGCCGGCCGUACUGUGUCAGUCUGGAGGAGAGCACCUUCUCACUGCUGAGGGCCUUCCUGGAGCGCUACUGCCACGGCUUCGACCGGCCCGCGCCGCCGCCGCCCUUCACAUCAUCAGAGCGCCACCAGCGUUUUCUGCUGGCCUGCCUGCGGCUACUGCACACCCACCUUUCGCUGGCGAUCGGCAGCGGUCUGGACACUGCCAGUAUGGGCGCUCAGGCCGGCGCGCUGCGGACACUCCUCUUCAGGUUGAUCGACACCAGCAUGCCGGCGGAGCUGCAGAAGGCGGUCCGCUCUGCGCUCCGGACCGGCGCUCCGCUCCUCCUACCGCCACUGCGGGAGAGGAUGGAGAUCCUCCACUCGCUGCUGCCGCAGGGACCCGGCUCUGGCGGUGCGCGGCUCACAGACGGACAGGAGCUGCAGCUCAGCAUGAUUCUGACCUCGCUGGAGGAGCACACCCACGUGGCCGCCCUGCUCGGGUACGGCGCCUCCAGUCCGCCGGCCUCAGCCGCGCCCGCCGACCCCGCCGUCGCCCUGCUGCUCAUGAAAACGCUGCUCAGAAACGUCGGAUUCGCCACGGAGCGGUGGCUGGAGCGUCUGGAGCGCUCCGUACCGGGCGGGGAGUCCACAGACGGCUCCACGGACCACUCACUGCACCUGGGAGCGCUGCUGAUGUCGCUGCAGAGUCACCUGCUGGCCUUCUGCUACACGGCAUCGGGAAACGUCGACAGUCAGGAGUACAAGAGCAGCACGGCGCUGCUGCAGAGUCACCUCUCACUGCUGUUUCCACUGGCUCGGGAGGCGGCCGGACGCGCCCUGACCGUCCUCUCACUGCGACCAGAGGUCUCCACAGCCGCCAGAGAGUGUCUGCUGCAGUCGGCGUGCGGCUCGAUGCUCUCCAAGGUGGUGCACUCGCUGCUACUGCUGCCCGUCAGCCUGAUCUGCUCCCUGCUGGGACACCUGACGGCCCUGCUGCCCGCUGUGGACGCCCUGGUCAGACUCACCGCCGCCGUGCCGGGGGAGGAGACGACGGACGGUUGGCAGUGGCUGUCUGACGCGGAGCAGGCCUGCGGUCUGCUGGUGGGCCGCUGUCUGGGCGGCCUGCUGGCCGGACCGCCGGUACUGGCCGAGGAGACCGACACGGCCCGCUGGCUGUCCAGCCCGUUGCUCAGCCGCGGACUGCAGGCGGACGGAGAACAAAUCGGCGGUUGCCUGUCGGCGCUGCUGACCUGUGUGACCCGGGACGGCCAGCUGACGGACGAGGUCAGUGUCGGACAGCUGAGCAGACUGCUGGACACCGUCUCCUGGUGGAGCGACCCAGAGCGGGUGGCACUCGUGGCCGCCAUCGGAUUCGACAAGCAGGAGUACGUGUACGAGGAGCUGUACGAGUACGGGCUGGCCGAGGGCCUGGAGCCGGCACCGGAGGACCUGCCGCGCACGGCCGAGCUCGUCUGCCGGCUGCUGCUCGUCACGCUGCUCAGACACGCCGGGUGUGAUACGGCAUCAGUACAGCACGCCAGGCGCCAGGACAUGGAGGUGAUUUACGAGACGGUGUACCGGGUGCGGCACGAGCUGAUGGGACACUACGCCGCCGAGAGCGCCGCGCCCCGAACAGACCGAAAGCGGCACCGCACCCGCACCACCACCGAUGAGGACGACGAGCGGAAGAGCGCCGCCGCCGACGGCGACGACUCGGCGGGAGAGGAGGAGACGCCCUCGGAGCGGUGCCGCUUCGAGUCGGUGUGCACGGCCGUGGCGCGCGCCUGCCUCUUCCUCUGUCUGGCCGUGGUGGGGCCCGACAAAAUGGACUCGGAUUCUGUCCGGGACCAGUGCUCGGAGGUGCUGCAGUUCGUCUGUCACGACUGGGGUAACCGUCGGCUGCUGGGUGAUCGCAGGCGGCCGGCCGGCGCCGGACUGGCCAGCACCGACCCCUUCCUCCUGCUGGUGGCCAUGCAGCAGCAACAGCAGCGCGCUCAGUCUCGCCUGAUCGGGCUGACCCAGGUGUGCGAGUUCCUGACGCCGAUCGCGGCCAGUCCUCCGACCCCGACUGCCGCCCCCACCAGUACCACUGCGGAGGGCGGCCAGGUGACAGUGACAGCUCCGGUGGUGGCGGCCGUGGUGGACAGACCCAUCACUGAGACCGUGCUGCUCAACCAGGUGUACGAGCAGUUCGUGGCGGGCUGUUUCGGUCUGUCGGCCGUCUCCCCGGCCCCUCCCGUGUGCCGGGUCCGGUACUAUACGGACGACGUGACUGCCAGCCGGCGCCAGCUGCGGCAGAGGAUACAGGCGGUGAUGGCCGACAUAUACCGGCUGAUGGUGGCCGCCCUGUUUGAACACCAGAACGGCGGAGAGGUACGGUACCGCCUGGAGCUGAUCGGCGUGCUCUCUCUGAGCGUGGAGCACCGUCCGGAGGACGUGUGGCGGGCGGCCGACUCUGGCCUCCUCCAGCUGCUGUCGCGGCUCUCCGAGGACAGUCUGUGGCUGACCGACGUGCUGGCCACCACCCACCAGCCGCUGGCCGUGGCCAGCAUGAGGUUCCUCCAGAUACUGGCCGUCAUCGCCGGUGUGUACGCGGGCAGUCUGCCGGCCACCACGUGUGACGAGAUCGUGGACCUGCUGCGGCGCCAGCUGGCCCGGCUGCUGGACGCCUGCUCCCGGCCAGAGCUGGAGACGGCAGUCAUCACCACCGUCUGCGACAUCGCGCAGCCGCCGCCGGCGACGGCCGGAAAACAUGCCAGGUACUCUGGCGCCGCACCAUCUGCCUCUGAAUCGACACUGGACUCUGUGACGGCCAGCUCCAACGACGGUGACUCGGAGCUCAUCACGUCGGCCGACGAAAGCGAGUACGCAGAACGGUCGGCCACCGACACAGCCAACGCCAACACCGGAAAGUGGAGCAGCGCCGCGGGCCGUCCCACUGCUGUGCUGCAGGCGGCCCGGCUCACCAGCACGGCUCAGGCGGCGGAGAGCUCUCUGGGCGACCUGCUGGUGUUUGUCCGACAUGUGGCCUGCACGGUGUCCGUGCGCCGGCUGAUGACCUCGCGCGUGUGGACGGGCCUGCUGCUGCGGAUCUGUGGACAGGUGCCGGACGGCUGCGGACGGCAGAUCCAGGCGCUGCGGCCCCGCCUGCUGGCGCUGCAGCUACUGGCCAACGUACUGCCCGCCCUGGACACCAGGGAGAACAGAGAGUACGCCGCACAGUUGGUACCGGAGCUGUUUCACCAGCUGUCAGACAGUCUGUGGCUGAUUCCGCGCGCCGUGGCCGGGCUGGCCGCCUCACGGAAGGACAAGGAACUGAAGAGGCGACUACUGAGACUCAGCAGUCCCGAGUGCGCGUCGGACGGUGACGGCGGCGAGAACAGUAUCCCCGUGCAGGACGCCGGGUUCGACCCGGACCGCUGUCUGUUCUGUACCGUGGAGAACGGGCAGACGCUGGUCCACUCGCAGGGCGGCAAGGGCUACGGGCUCGGCACCACCGGCAUCAAAUCCGGCUGUUACCAGUGGCGUUUCCUGAUCGUCCGUGAGACGCGCGGUAACGAGGGCACCUGCGUGGGCGUGUCGCGGGUACCCAUCCGGGACUACAGUCACCGCACCACCAACGACAUGUGGCUCUACAGGGCUUACAGCGGCAACGUGUACCACGGCGGCGAGCUGGGCGUCACGCUGCCCCAGUUCACCCAGGGCGACUACGUCACCUGUGUCCUCGACAUGGACAGUCGCACACUCAGCUUCGGAAAGAACGGCGAACAGCCGCGCGUGGUGUUUGAGGAGCUGGACGCCGCCGAGCUCUACCCGUGCGUCAUGUUCUACAGCACCAACCCCGGGGAAAAGGUGAAGCUGACGGACAUGCAGCUGCGCGGCUCGCCGCGCGAGAUGCUGGCCGGAGAGCCGCUGUGUGCGCCGGCCGCCGCCGUCCUGCUGGAGGCCCACAUCGCGCUCAUCAGGACACUGCACGGCACGACCGGAUGGACCGAACACGUGAACGCGUGUCUUCUGGAGCGUCUGACCAAGAUCAAAGGACUGAUGCCGUCCACCGACACUGAGGCCGAUCUCACCGAAACGACCGGCGAGGAUUCGUCUGCGGCCGGCGCCGACACCGACGCGCCGUCCGCGGUGCGGCGCUCGGCCUCGUCGGACGCGACGGGCCGCCGCCGGCCGGCCGAGCUCACCAUGACGCCGAUCGUCGAGGAGGCGGAGGAGAGCGCCGGCACCGACCGCGAGCCGGGAGGGGAGCCGGAGGAGGCCACGCCGGCCGGCAGGAGGCGCCGGGCCGUCCGGCAGCUCUGCAAAGAGGUGCUGCCGGCUCUAGCGGUGGUGGCCGGCGUGGACCGCGGCCUGCGGGUGGGCGGCGCCUGCGUGCACCGUCCCUCCUCCCGCCGAGCUGUGGUGCUGGGGAUGCUCAAACAGGGCCUCUCCUCGGUGCGGCUGCAGUGGGAGGACGGAGACGCCGCCGUCAGUGACGCGCCGGUGAACAGUCUGGAGCCGUGUGACCCGCCUCCGUUCAACGUCAGUCGACUGGGUCACAUCACGGCCGACGUCAUACACCAGCUGGUCAGACUGUCCGGCAUCACCGACGAGGUGAAUCUGGUGACGUCCCCGGCCUCUGACACCUCCCGGUCGACCUGUGACGACCCGGCGCCGUCGGGCCGCGGUGUGACCGAGUCCCGUAGUGCCGGAUCCUCCUGCGGCGGAGGAGGGGGAGGGGUGGAGGACACGGCCCCGUCAGCCGCCACCCCCGCCCGUCAGUCACACAGCCUAGUCACCAUGGAGACACUGACUGACGAACUGGUGGCUAACAUCAUCGGAGAGGUGACGGGCCGGGGCGGCAGCCGGCAGCGGGCGGGCCGCAGUCAGCCGGCUGACACCGCUGCCAGCGCGGCGGCGCUUCACCAGCUGACCAGGGAGGAGCAGGCCGUCCGGGGCUGCCUGCUGCAGAUGUCUGCGCUGAAGGUGCUGCUGGUGCUGCUGGGGGACGCGGGGGUGACGGACCUGCUGUACCCGCCGCCCGAUCCCUCCCCGGCCGAUAAGAAGAAGGAACUACCGGCGCCGGACGAGGCCGGCCAGGAGCUGCGGGCCGAGCUGCGCAGGGCUGUGACUCACAUGGUGGCCGCCGCCAUCAAAUCCAGCCCCAUCAGACGACUGGUCUCAGCCGCGGAGCUGGAGCGCGCCGUGACGGUGCUGCACGCCUCCCACCUGCGGUACCAGGCCGAGCACGGCUGUCGGAUCCGGCAGACCGAGAGCCAGAUCGCGGCGCUGCUCAGCAGCCAGCCGGCCAACGCGCCGGCCGCCUUCAGGGCGGACUCUGGCAGUUCGGCUCCCUCCGACUCUGCUCUGGCCCCGUCCUCCCUGCUGAGCAGUGUGCCCAUCUGGUGGCCCCAGACGGCAGCCGCCAACCGCUCGGCGCCGCCGGCCGCCACGGCCACCGCUGUGGGCGUGACAGUGACGGCGGCCGGCCCGUCGCCCACCGCCUCCCUCUCCACCACCAGACAGAGACACCCGGCGGGCAGCGGGGGCGCCGCGGCCGUCCGCUCGCCCUCCCCUCCGCCGCCGCCCGUGGCCCUGCCGCUACUGGAGAUGGGCUUCUCACUGAGACACAUUCAGCGCGCCAUCAGUGUGCUAGGCCGCACAGGUGACAUGUCGACGCACGCGGUGAACCAGCUGGCCUCGUGGAUGCUGGAGCACCCCUCUAUAGACGACGUGAGCACGGUGAGCCGACCGGGCCCUGAGCCGCCCGCCUCUGCCGGCGCCGCCGCCGCGCCCUGCGCCGCUCCAGUGGCCGGCGCCUCGCAGCAGCUGAUGACACACAUACUGGACCGGCAUGUGGCCAGAGAGAUGGAGCUGUCGGGUGGCCGCUCUCAGGACGAUACCGACACCUCUGACCCGCUGGUGGAGCCCUCGGGCGGUCGGCCGACGUUCCGCGGCCAGCGGAGUCGGCCGUACGCCGACAUCCGCUCCUUCCUGGGACCGUCUCCCGGCUCCUCGGCCACAGACUGUUCGCCUUUUGAGUACCUGGCGCGCGCGCGCGGCCUGUCGACCAACCGCGACUCUCAGGGACAGCAGGCGUACCCGACACAGGCCUGCGCGCUGUGCGGCGGCCAGCCGUGCCACUGCGGUACCGGUGCCGCCGCCGGCGGCCGCUCUGGGUCGGUGUCUGGCGCGGCGGCGGCCGGCCGCGCUGCGCGCCGCCACUGGCCGGCCCGGCGGCGCUCCUCCGACUCUCGGUACGUGAUCGACUCGGAGGAUGAGCUGGAGGUGCUGGUCGAGAGGGCUGUCACAGAGGUGGGAGGCGCCGCCGACAGGCUACAGUCUGACUCUGACGAGGCCAACCUGGAGCUGUGCGACGUGUGUAACGCGCUGGUGUUUAACCUGACGCGCCACCAGCGUACCACCCACCCGGGCUGUUCGCGCAGCUGGCUCAACACCUACUGCGGCGCUGUGCUCGUGAACCCGAACGUGCCGGAGGGUCUGGUGCGCACCACGUACGUGCUGUGUGACCUGUGCACGGAGCGCUACUCGGCGCAGACGCCGGCCGGCCGGCGCAAUUCGAGUCAGAGCGUGGGCGCGCGGCCACCGCCGGACGCCGGCGCUACAGAUCUGCUCACACCGUCAGCCGGCGAACAGGACGACCCGGAGUCGCCGGCGCGGCCGCCGCCUCUGUCUGGCGACUCGGACCUGCUGGCCGACUCUCCACUGCUUGCCUCGGACCGGCAGCGUCCCGAGCCAGUCCCGUUCUCCGAGUCGGACCCGCUCGGAGCCGGCCGGGUGCCGCUGGUGGCCGCCGAGCCGGGCGCCGGGGAGCGGCCCGAGCCGCCGACCGGCCGGCACCGCAGCCUGGCCGAGCAGGCCGCUCAGCUGACGGCCUCCGCCGACCGGGCGGCCGCCCUCCGACAGGUGGCCAGGGCCGGCAGAGUGCUGCUCUGCCGGGCGGCCGUCAUGAGGGUCGUGCAGUACGUGGCCGCCAGCGGCAGCGAGCGUCACCUGGCCGAGACUCUAACGGCCGUCGGUCUGGGCGACAUCCAGCUGCUGGUGCGGCUCAUGUGUCUGACGGCCGCCGGGCGCGUCCAGUCGACGGCCGAGUCGCCCUCCUGCCGGCCCCCGCCGGCGCCCUCGGCGGCCGCCGGCGCCGGGCAGCUCCCCGCCGCCGCCAGCGCCGGAGUCCGCGCGCUGAGCCGCGCCGUGGGAGCGCUGGCGGCCGCCGGGGACGGCGCCGCCGCCGAGCUGGUCCAGCUGUGUACCCAGGACCUGAUGACGGCGGCGGUGGUACCGGCGCCGUCCGGCGGUACAGCGGCCGCCGCCACCAACUUGGCGGUGACUCAGACCCUGGUGGAGCUGCUGACUGCCGGCGAUAUUCUGGGGAAACACGGCGUCCCCCACAAGUCUCCGCCGAGCUCUCCGGGCGGCAGCAGCGCCGGCGGCGGCGCCCCGUCUCUGCCGCCCCUCUGUCAGCUGGCUGACGCGCUCAGCGCCUGUGUGCUCUCUAUGAGAGCGACGCCGGCUUUGCGGACAUGGGCCACGCAACAGCUGGUGCGUUGUCUGUCAGUGUGCCAGUCGUCAGCCGACCCGGGCGACGAGUCGCUCUGUGACCUGGGCGGCUGCCUGCCGCGGCUGCCCUCCAGAGAGGUACAGGGGCACGGCGAGCGGGUCACACAGAUCUGCUGGAGCAAACACAGAAACUGGAUGGCUACAUGCGGCUGUGACGGCACGGUCCGUCUGUGGUCAGUCCCCUCCUCGGGCGUGCCGGUGAUGGAGCAGACGCUGGUGUUUCACGCGGCGGCCGGCGUGUUUGGGCCGCAGCUGCAGAGCCGCCAGCUGGGACACCUCAGCUGGGGAGACGCCGGAGCGCUGGUGGCCGUCUGUAUGGAGAGCACGCUCAACGUGUGGACUGUGCCCGAUGCCCAGCUGUUCAUCUCUGACGAGCCGGCGUGGAUCACGGCUGUGGCGUGGCCGGAGCCGUCGGGCGGCCAGCGGCCGGCGCUGCUGCUGGGCCGCGCCGAUGGCCGCCUGGUGCUCGUCACAGUGCGGAGACACGGCGGUGAGGAGGAGCAGCACGGGCCCGCAGACGUCGAGUACGGCCGCACCGAGCUGGAACACUGCGGCAGCGACAACGCGGUGUCAGUGACCCACCUCAGCUGGCCGGACGGCGACUCGGUGUUUGCUGUGGGGUUCGCUGACGGCUCCGUUCAGAUAUCGUCACCCAGUCCCGACUCGGCCACACGCACACUCACCGUGGCACAGGGUCUGCUGACCUCCGUCUCGCUGUCCUCCGACGCCGCUCUUCUGGCCGUCUCUGGUGGGGACACUCCCCAGGUCACCCUGUUGGCGGCACCGGACUCCGGCGGCCGGCGUGAAGACUGGCUGCAGUUACCGCCGCUGCCGCUAGAGGCGCCACCCGUCACACUGGCCUGGCAGGCCGCCGGACGCGGCGGCGCCGGUCCGGAGCAGGUGCUGUGCACCGGCUGUGUGGACGGUUCCACCGCCGUGUGGCUGGUCCGGCCCACGGCAGAGGGCUGCUGGUCGGCCGAGAGCUCCCUGCGACUGCGCGGACACCCGAGCUACCCGGUGACGGCCGUGGCGCCCCAUUCGGCGGGCAGACCCUACCUGGCUACUGGCUGUUUUAAGGGUAUGAUUGGCCUGGUAAACGUCUGGUCGCUGGUGGACGGAGCGCUCCUACAGACGGUGAUCGGCAGCGGCGGACUACAGUCACUGGCCUGGGUCGGAGCCGCCGGCAUCGCAGCCUGCUUCGCCAGGUCAAAGGACGUCAUAACGUUCGGCGCGGUGCGCCCGGAGCUGCGCCGUCUGCAGCCGCUGGCCACGGCGCGCGCGGCGCUCAUAGGCCGCGGCGUCACCGCCCUCCACCAGAUGUACUGUCUCAGACACCUGCUGGUGCUGCUGCCGGACCUGAUGGCGCACCAGUACGCCUUCGAAAAACCCACAGUGAUGGCCGGAGACCAGCUGGUGCACAGCGGGUACCUGCAGGCGCUGACCUGUCUGGCGCUGGGACUGCGGCUGGACAGGGUCCUCUGUUACACAGAGACGGCCGCCCACGAGCGGCAGCCCCAGAGAGUGCCGGAGUGGUCGUGGCUGCUGAACUGCAGUCAGGCGGCGCACGUGGCCCACUCCCUGCUCACCAGACAGCCGCUGCCCCAGCUGUUUGUCGCCAACCAGGCGUCUCUGGACGGUGACGGCGGUGACCGGGAGGGCGGCGAGCCGUCCCCGUCAGCCACUGACAACAGUCAGUGGAGCGUGCAGCAGGACGGCGAGCUGAUGGCCUGGGCCACCCACCAGCCGCACGACUGGCAGCUGGGCGGCGGCUGCAGCGCCUACCUAUGGGGGUCCGGGAGGCACGGACAGCUGGGUGAGAGCCGCUCCACCUUCACGCCCGUGCGCGCCGAGUCGUUCGGCCGCUCGCAGUCGGUGGUGUGCGGCCAGAACUGUACGUUCGUUAUCCAGUCGAACGGGACAGUGCUGGCGUGCGGCGAGGGCAGCUACGGCCGGCUCGGCCAGGGCAACAGCGACGACCUGCACGCACUCACCGUCAUCAGCGGACUGCAGGGGUUCGUUGUUGUUCAGCUGACGACGUCCGCCGGCUCGGACGGCCACUCGCUGGCACUGGCCGAGUCCGGCGAGGUGUUCUCCUGGGGAGACGGCGACUACGGAAAACUGGGGCACGGCAACUCGGACCGACAGCGGCGGCCACGGCAGAUCGAGGCGCUCCAGAGCGAGGAGGUCGUGCAGGUGUCGUGCGGGUUCAAGCACUCGGCGGUGGUGACGGCCGACGGCAAGCUGUUCACGUUCGGCAGCGGCGACUACGGCCGGCUGGGACUCGGAUCCACAGAGAACAAAAAGCUGCCAGAGCGGGUCACCGCGCUCGAGGACCACCGCGUCGGACAGGUGGCCUGCGGCCUGAACCACACGCUGGCGGUCUCGGCCGACGGCGCCACGGUGUGGUCGUUCGGAGACGGCGAUCACGGCAAACUGGGACUGGGCAGCACCGCGUCCAAAACCACACCGCAGGUGGUGGAGGCGAUGUCGGGUCUGGGCGUCAAGAAGGUGCUCUGUGGCAGCCAGUUCUCUGUGUUCCUCACCCACUGCGGCAGCCUCUACACGUGCGGCAUCGACAGACUGAUCGGACAGCCCGACGGACGCAUACGGGGACACACCCGGCCCCAGCAGGUACCCGCGCUCCGUGAGCGGACGGUGGUGGAGGUGGCCGUGGGCGCCGAGCACACCCUGGCACUGACCGCCGACGGCCUCGUGUUCGCCUGGGGGACAAACAACGACGGUCAGCUGGGGCUGGGGCACACGGCCGGCGUCCGGGAGCCGCAGCUGGUGGCCGCGCUCACCGGGAAACACAUCAGACAGAUCUCGGCCGGCCGGUGUCACAGCGCGGCGUGGACGUCGCCGCCGAUCGGUCCGCGCACGCCGGGCGUCUCAUGCGGCCCCAGUCUGGGCGUGCCGUCGCGGGUGCCGCCGCAGUACAGCCGGCUGCAGGGGCGCGCGCCGGCCGCGCUCCGGCGCCGCCUGCUGCUGCUGCACCGCUACUCGGACCUGGUGUACGCCAGUUGGAGACUGCUGCCGCUCACCAACGCUCAGCCGAGUGAGCAGCUGGCGCCCGGCCUGGCCGCCGUCACUUCCCCGGAACUGAGGCCCCUGCUGGCGCCGCGCGUCUACACGCUACCCAUGGUCCGCAGUCUGGGACGGACCAUGGUCCAGGGUAAGAACUACGGGCCUCAGAUCACGGUGAAGCGUUUGGCGGUGCGCAGCCGCGCCUGUAAGCCCAUCUUCCUGCAGAUAGCGCGACAGGUGGUACGGCUGAGACCGGCCGACCUGCGGCUCCCCAGCAGGGCCUGGAAGGUGAAGCUGAUCGGCGAGGGUGCCGACGACGCCGGCGGCGUGUUCGACGACACCAUCACGGAGAUGUGCGUGGAGCUGACGGGCGGCGCCGUGCCGCUGCUGGUGCCCACGCCCAACGCCGUCUCCGACACGGGCUGUCACCGCGACCGGUUCCUGCUCAACCCCGAGCUGGCCGCGUCACACCAGCUCAGCCUCUUCAAAUUCCUCGGCAUCCUGCUGGGCGUGGCGAUCCGGACCAAGAAGCCGCUGGCCAUCCCGCUGGCGCCGUUCGUGUGGAAGCUGCUGGCCAACAUGACGCUGGGUCUGGACGACCUGGAGGAGACCGACUCGCUGUUCACACAGAGCCUGCGCUACGUGCGAGAGCUCAGCGACGACAUACCCGAGGAGACGCUCAAUGAGGUAUUACCGGUGGAGACGUUCGAGGCGCCGUCGUGCACGGGCCGUCUUGUGCCGGUGGUGGCCGGCGGACGCACCCUGCGCGUCACGGCCGCCACCCGGCGCGAGUACGUCCGGCGCGCCGUGCUCUACAGACUGCACGAGAUGGACCUGCAGGUGUCUGCGGUGAGGGAGGGUAUGUCCUGGAUGGUGCCGGUGCCGCUGCUCUCCCUGCUCACCGGUCAGCAGCUGGAGCAGCUCGUCUGCGGUCUGCCAACCAUCUCCGUACCGCUGCUGAAAACCAUCGUCAGGUACCGUGAGCUGGACGAGCAGCACCCGCUGGCCCAGUGGCUGUGGGCCGUCCUGGACAGCUUCUCCGACUCCGAGCGCGUCCUCUUCAUGCGCUUCGUCUCAGGCCGGUCCCGACUGCCGGCUAACCUGGCAGAUCUGUCCCAGAGGUUCCAGGUGAUGAAGGUGGACAAGCCGACGGACGGCCUUCCCACGGCUCAGACGUGCUUCUUCCAGCUGCGUCUGCCCCAGUACUCCAGCCAGGAGAUGCUGGCCGACCGUCUGCGGUACGCCAUCAACAACUGCCGCUUCAUCGACAUGGACAGCUACAUGCUGGCGCGCAACACGGACGGAGGCACCGUCUCAGACGACGAGAUCAUGUAGCUACAGGGAGACCGCACCGCGGGCUCUUCGGAAACCGCACCGCGGGCUACUCUGAGAUCGCACCGCGGAUUCUCCCUCCAACGGCAGCUGGUGAGACAGACGAACUUACCCAAGCUGCGCGAUAGGCGGUAUGAAAUCUAUAUCCACUACCGUGGAUUGUUUGGACGGCUGUCGGGUCCCCAAAUCAAAAUCCGCUGUGGCAGAGCGAAGAGCUGUGGAGUUUUGACCGAACUGUGUUGUGUUCCGCGGAGAGAGAAUACUCGGCCCUAUCCGAUACUCAGGUUGGUACUGGGAGAGAAUGAAGGGGAGGUAGAGGGGAGCGAAGUAGAACAAAGAGAUGGACGGCUGGAGAUAUCGAUGCGAUGGCUUCGUUCCUAUUCAGUGCGAUGGUGUUGCUAACAAAUUGUACAUUUUGUUGUCUCAAAGUUCCAAGUGAGUGUUGUUAUGCCGUGUUUUAUGUUGCUGCUGCCUGUUUUAAUCAUGUUCUCUUUCAACUUGCUUUAAUUACUUUUAAUUCAUUGUGUGGAGCGCUGUGGUCCCGACUCUGUAAAUCGAGCUUACGACGAUAUUUGUUUCUUUACGCGAUGCGUAUUACAAAUCCAGCGAUGUCGUAUUUUUACUUGUCUGAAUCUGGGGACUGUGCAUGCAGAUGUUUGGGAUAUUUCCCAAAAUAUAUUUUGAAACUCAUA